AUGGCGGUUGGUAAAAUGAGAAGAGCACCAGAUAGUGGCGUUUCAAACGCUGUGUCGACUAUUAUUGAACACCAAAAGUUUAAAAAAAUGUUGGUUUUCGGACUUAGAUCACUCUCUGAUUUGUGUAAUCCAUCUAAUCAGCUAUACGUAGAAAAUGCCCUCUACGCCCUCGAAAGGAACGUAGUUAAAGGUAUUUUAACAGCUGUGGAAAACUUUGGAGACGAUGAAGAUUUGGUUUUGUGUUCAACUGUGAUUAUGUCCACGAUGUCAAAGGGCUGCUUGGAAUAUAGAGAGGACUCAGGUCUUUUGAAGAAGCUUGUUACUGAUGGAGGAGUUGACGUGGUCCAAAAGGCCUUGGAAAGAGCGCCUCAAGACGAGGAUGUUCUUGACAACUGCAUCAAGUUUUUGGAAAACGUAUCAAAUCUGGAAGGGCUUGGUAAUAGAGGCUCUGAGUUUGUACCUCAUGUUUGCAAGUCUAUGGAAGUUGUAAAAUCCUACCCAGUUGCUAACAGACUAGUACUAUGUCUUUCUAACCUCACCAAUCAAAGUGAGUCUUGUUUUGCCUUGAAAAAUAACCAAGGUAUUCAGCCCUUGCUUGACUUGUGCAUGAAAUUCCUCACUAAUGACAAAAGUGCCACCCUAGUUGAAAAUUGCUUUAAGACACUCUUGGCUCUAAGCCAGUUGAAGCUUAUGGAGGAGUCGAAUUUGCAGGCAGUGAUGAAUUUGGUGGAGUCUUGUAAGGACUCGAAAGUUGUCCUGAGUAGAGCGAGUGAGGUGAUAAAAUCUGUAGUCGACACUGCCAAGUUACAGAACAGUUUAAAGGUACUUGAGAAGAACGAUUACGACAGCCCGGAAUACAAGGUGGCUGUGAAUACAUUGAGAUCACUUUCAUAUAUUUCAACAAUGUCUGAAGAACUGGCUAAAAAAGGUGUUAUUCCAAUUCUCCUAAAGCUGCUAUCGGACAGCAGUGAGAAGCUAGGAGCUGGCGAGGCAAAAUUAGGAGCCUCUGGUGAACAGCUGUCUGAGGUAGUUUUUGGAGCCUCGAGAAUGUUGGCCUCUAUUUCCUCAAGUAGCUCUGAAUACGGACAACAGGUGUUAUCAAACAAUGGUUUGGAUGUUUUGGUGAGGGCUCUUUCACAGAGCAUCCAGUACCCGAGAUCAGUUGUAGGUUUAUCUUCGGUCCUUGUUCAGCUUUUAAAGUAUGAGCCGAAGUCCUUUGGAAACGCAGUUUCAGUAGCACUUCCAAUCCUUUACCAGUUGGCUGAAGACGAGGCAGUUUCUCACGCUUUGGUUGAGUUUUUGCUUGCAUCCAGUCAGUACUCUGAGUUGGAGAAUGUCUUUAUCCAGAACAAGGUACUCGAAAUUUUAAGCACUUGCUGUCAGUACCACACGUCAAACCUAGCUUAUCAGUUCAACGUGGUUUCAAUCCUGAACAGAUUUAGUCGUUUCAUAGAUAAUUUGAAACUCAUUCAUGAGUAUGGAGGGUUACAAGGUAUCACUUUUGCUCUUGAUCAGAAUUACAAGGAUUUGAAGUAUUGUUUGGAGGUUUUAAAUUUUGUCUCUGCAUUGGCAUCCACUUCGAAUGCUCAAAAGUAUUUGACUACUGGAGACUACUUGAUCGCCGAUGUUAUCCUUGAGCUUAUGCUACACUACAGGGACAAUGAGCCCGUGAUUGACUUGUCAGUUAAGAUUUUGGAGCUUGUUUUGGAAGAGAAGGACGUGGAAAAAUAUGCAAAACGGUUGAAUUCAGCUAUGCCAAACUCGGUUAAGGAUCCUGAUGGUACAUUUAAGGCCUUGACAGCACUUACUGGUGUUCACAAAAUAUCAAGAUUACGUCCUCUCUUGUCGAAAUAUAAUCCUUUGAACGGUGUUUUGACUGCUGUUACUGAGUGGUUGGACCACAACGGAGGCCCGGAGUGGGUUAAACAGAGGACUAAUUUGACCAGAGCAGCCCUAUCCCUCGUUGUGGUGUGCCAGACGAAUGAGGAAAUUCGGGAAACUCUGUUAACUGUUAGUGAAUUGGCAUGUGUUUAUCAAGUUAAAAAGGUGAUUGACCUUGAACAGUCUGACGAUAACUUUUUGCUACACUGCACUGGAGCUAUGGUGGUGUUAUGUGCCAUGGACAGGACCUACGACGAGUCUGAGGUGCAGGAGGCUGUGGAAUGUGUUUCGAAGGUAAUGAAGCGCCAUCAAGAUGUUCGCCAGGCUCAGGCAUCGCUUUUGGAGGCCUUAAACAAACUAAUGGAGCAGUCUGACAGAUUUUUCUUAUCAGCCAUUCUAAACACUGGGUGUUUGGCUCUGAUUGUAAAGUAUUUGAGUACUGUUCCAAUGUACUUGAAUUUACAGAUUUUGGGUAUUGGUCUCAUUUACAAGUGUUCACAACUGGACCCUCAGGUAGUUGAGUUUCUUAAGUCUUCGAAUUGCUUCCAGCUUUUAAGAGCUGUGAACCGAACUCACACUAAAAACAAGAAAUUGAGGGCAAUCGUUGGUUCUUUGCUAUCACUUUUGAUGCCUGCAGACGCUCUGGAGUCUGAGUUGGACCAGCUUCUUAAGGAUUUGGUAAAUUACGUUACAGACAAGGAUGCAGAGGGUGUUAACACCUGCCUUGUUUCAAUCAACCAGCUUCUCGUAUCAAAGGAAGCUGUAAAAGCUGCUGUUAUGCUGAAUAUUGCUUCCCCAGUUAACAAGGCCCUUGAUUGGACACUUGCAAACCCUAAGCUAUACACUGGUGAAGAAAAUUUAUUUGAGCCCACUUUGGCUGAGUUUUCACUAGUGGGACUUAACGUGCUGGCCUUUAGAACAGGUCUUGUAUAUGCCACUAAAAACUCAGUCACUAAGUUUUUCCUCAAAUUGUUCACUUCUCUAACCAGUAAUUCUCAAGUGAUGAUGGAGGAUGGAGUUGUGUCUACCUUGGAUGGUCUAUCAAUGUUAUUUCGUCAUGAUGUAGCAAAUAUUGACGAGGCGUUGAGGGACGAUUUGUUGUCCAAGCUAUCUUCAUGUUUCACUAGAAUUUUGAAUAGCUCUUCUGUGGUUUCGUCUGUGUGUAGGUGUUUGGGAUCUAUGUGCGCAAGUCCUGGCAAGUUGGACAAACUCCUGAAUAACUCCAACUUUUCCAAGUUUUGCAAUUACCUUGUGGAUAACCUUUCUUCACCCCAAACUACAGGUUCUAUGGAUAAGGAAAAGGUGGUGGAGAAUACACUGGUGGCUCUGAACGAGUUGCUCGGUACCAAGUAUCAGGCAUUAAUUGACUACUUUGACAAGAAUACCAAGAUUGUGGCUUCAUUGGUUGGGCUUUUGGAGGAGUAUUACAAGAACCCUGAGAUUGUGGUUCCAGCAUCGAACCUUCUCUCAUACUUUGACAAGAAGGUUGUACUGUCUAGGCUCCCUAAUCUUUCCUCAUUUUUGGAAACAGUUUCCAAGACUUUGGUUUACAAUAAGGCUGACGUUAGCGCAGUGGUUGCACUUCUGUCGCUUUUAGUCCACCUGCUGGACGACAGUAAUAAGGAGGAGUGUAAGAAGACUAGCGUAGUUGAAAGCAUCUCAACUGUGAUGCUAAUGCACCUGGAAAAUGAAGAGAUUAGUAGGCUGGGAGGUAUUUUGUUUUCACUUCUGGGUGCAGAGUGCCAGAUUUCAGCCCUCAUGCGUAACGUGAUACAGAUUGUGGAGGCUAAGGAGGAAAAUAUGGGACAGAAGGUCGACAAGUUAUGUCUAAUUCUUGCGAUGUACUUGGGAAGUGAAUUGAAGGAACGAUCUGAAGCUCUGAAGCACACUGAACCUUUUCUAUCUAGUCUGAACCAGUGUGUUUCGUUUUUGGCUGACAAUAGUAACCUUUUGUCCAGCACUUGCUGUGUUUCACGAAGGCUUUGCGAUUCUGCCUUCGAGGACCACGAAGAUCCCUUUGGAGCAUGGUCAGUUGCAAGCAGUAGCAACUUGGCUCAGAUUUCGUCUUUGGUAAAGAGUGAGUAUGGCUACAGUAACUUGAAGUUUUUGGUUAAUGCCUUUAGAGUUUUUACAGCAUGUGUUUACAAUGGUUAUACUGUAGAUACCAUGCUCGCUGAAGCUCCUGGCCUUAUGGUUAGGACUGUUCAGGUUCUUGAACGGUAUAAGGAAAAUUCUGAACUGGUUUUUAAUGUGUUGGAGUAUUGUAUGUAUUUGGCUAAUGCCACUGGAUCUGAUCCUGCCACCACUACCCCUGGUGUACAGGUACUUUUGGAGAAUUUCGGAAACCCAGUUGAUUUAAUUACCAGUGCUCUUACGGUUAAUAAAAACAACGAAUCUUUGCUUGUCACCGGCUUUAAUCUUUUGGCCGAGCUAGUGUCUAGCACCAAAAACCUAGACUCCAAUCAAGUUUUUAACAGUGUAGAAACAUGUCUUAAACUGGCUAAGGCGGUUUCGUCUAAGGGGAAUACUGUUGACAAAAAGUUGCCGCAAAACAGCUCACAAAUGGGUAAAAAUGCAUUGGAUUCAUAUGUUCAUUACUUUAACUCGGCAUAUAUGAAUGGGUAUUUGAAUGAUUACAUGAGUGGGGAUGUUGUGUCUAACAUGGUGAUGAUGUUUGAGGGGAAUAAUUUCGAAGGUUUAAGCCCUGUACAGUUUGCUCUUUUUGUGUUAAACUCUGCUACUGCUGGUGAGAUGGCUCAGCUUGAACGUUUAGGUGUUGUACAGAAGCUGCUUGGUCUGUUUGAGGGUCUUUUACAGUCCGAUAAGACUUUGACCAAGGAGGAACUUUUGCAGCUUCUUUCUGGUCUUUCUGAGGCUGUGAAUAGGGACGCAAUUAAGGCAGUCUUGGUAUUUAAAGAGCUUUUCCCCAAAAUCAAGUCGAAUGAAGUUCUGAAUACUGAUCCUGAGGUUGUUUCGUUGCUUCUGAACUCCUUAAUUCAAGCCACUGGGGUCAAGGGCGUUGGAAGCCUUUUACAUUCUGUAGAGCCUUUUAUGAAGUAUUUGGACGUAGUUUCAAAAGUAUGUCCCGACCUUGUAAAUAAAUUGAUGACAUUGAUCAAGAAGGAUUUACCAAAGAAGAAGACGUGUGAAACUGUCUAUCAAAAUUUGACCGAAUUAACAAAUUCUGGUUCCAGUGAUGAAUCUGUAACUCCAGACUAUUCUACUGUGACAUUGGAGAAUGCUUUGAUGAUGGAAGAUUUUCGCUUUGUGUCUGAUUUAUUGUUGAAGUACAAUGGUAAAGUUCAGAAGCCUGGCGAUACAGAGUGCAAAGACUUUGGGUUUGGGUUCAAGUGUGUUGAUGUGUGGUCUCGUUGUGAGGGGAAUGCAAGUAUGAUGGCUAAGUCUGGCCUAUCUGCAUUGCUGGUUUCUGCCCUGGCUAAACAGUCGGACUUGGUGCUGAUGGAUGCUCUUUUGGUUUCGUUGUGCAGCUGCUGUAAACAGAAGGAUUUGCUUCUCUCGUUUGUAUCCAACAAGGAAUUGGUUCCAAAUGCCGAUUCAUUUCUGGCCAAGGCUUAUCAAAAGCGCCUAGUGACUACUGGCGCUGAUCGAAAUGUUAACAUUGACUCUGCUUACGAAAAUGUUCUCUUUAAUUCUAUGCUCCUUAUUGACCUUACAGCAGUCAACCGCAAGGUUUAUCUCAAGAGCAAUGUGAUCCCCAGUCUCAUGGAGGUCUGGAGUCUCCACGACCAAAACAAGUACUCCUCAACUAAGAUUUUACGUCAGGUUUUCCGAACCCUCCGUAAAAUUGUCUCCGACCAAAAUGUCCAACUCAUGGUUAAAUGCAAACUCGUGCCAAGAACCAAUAAAGUCUUCUCUCAACUCACCACGAUCAAGGAGGAGAUUUGCAGUGUGCAGCUUCUAGAGAAGAUUAUAGCGGUGUUGGAUCGUUACGUAAAGUCGGGUUCGAGCAGCGCAAUUGUUACAAACUGUUGUCUGGCUCUGGCCAAUAUUUGCGUUGACUUUAAGACCGCCUCUGACAAGUUUUGCACCCUCCAUGGGCCUCGUCUGAACCUUGAAGUGUUUGUAAACUUUAAGUCAAACUUUGAGGUUGUGAACGGUUCAUCAAUUCUACUCUGCAACUUACUGUAUAAAAACGACAAGCUCAAGGAGCUCUAUGGUAAAAAUGGUACCCCUUCUGCACUGGUUGAGUGUUUGAUGAACUUUGUAGCCUCCUCAGAGCCAACGAGUCUCCGUUGCCUCGAGUCACUCUUCAAGGCCAUUUCUAACCUCGGGCUCUACACCAAAAACCUCCAAUACUUUAUGGAGGCUCACAUCGAAUCACCUUUUAAAAAAUGGUUUAACAAAGUUGUACAUACCAAAGAAUAUGAUGUGGGAUUGGUAAAGGUUGGAUUAAAUUGUUUGAGUAAUUUAGUUGUUGAGAAUAACGGAGAUUACAUGAAGAGGUUUGGUGUGAUUUUGGAGGAUUUGGUUUCCAUGUUGAACUCGGAGUUUGCUGAUGGGAAGGUCGUGUUUUUGGUUUUAGAUGUGCUGAACAACUUGUGUAGAUACAAGGACAAUGCUGGACGAUUUGUGGAACUUGAGGGUGUGUUUGCUGUUGUGAAGAAUAUGCGAAGGCUAAGCUACGAUGUUGAGGUCCUUGUCACUGGCAUUCACCUGUUUCGGCACAUGGCUCACGGAACUGGGGCUGUUAAGUUACUUGAAGUUGACAUUUUCUCUCUAUUGCUUGACAUUUUGGUACAAGCAAAUGAGCUCAACGAUGUCUUAAUUAGUAGCCUAAGAUGCCUCCGUAGACUAAUUCACAGUCCUGAAAUGGUUUACCUCCUUUGCUCCCAAGAUGGGCUCGACACCGUCAUCAAGUGCAGUUCCCGCAUGAAAGACCAGAGCAGUGUCCUUGUAGAGUCAAUUAGACUCAUCCUUGGCAUGCUUUAUUACACUGACCCCUAUACUGGAGGACAUACUCCAACAAAACAAUCCGAUUCAGAUGAAAGUACGGGUGUGAGUGAUGCGGAAUCAGAUUAUGGAUGGGAGAACAUAGGGAUGACAGCCACUACCAUCGUUGAGGUGAUUAAGUUUAGCUGUUACGUGGCUUCUCAAGAGUCUUGUCUGAAGAUGUCUAGGCUUCAGUCUUCAGUGGUUUCUCUGUGUGUUUACUUUAUGUCUUGUGGUCUUUGUGGCGAGGAGCUUGCAAUGAACGGUUUCUCAUUGAUACUCGAGAAUUUCAUCUCAAACUUCUGCUUAACUGCUCCGAACCUCGCACUUCUGGCUGUUGCAGCACUCGAGUCCAGCUUCAACUACCCUCCUGACCUCCGCAGUAGCAUACUCACCAAACCAAUCCAGAAGAAGCUCAGAGACCUCACACUUGUCAUUACCGAUAAACAAACUAAGGCCAAAUUAACCAAACUACUCGAACACUUUUCAAAUAACACUCAACCAUCCGUGAUUGGGAAAUUUGAUUUGGGAUUGAGCGAGUGGAAUGUGGAUCCUUACCCGAAUGGUGUCCAUGACUUGCCAGAGAGCAUGAAGGAGAUGCUCAGGAAUGGCGGCAAGUUCCACCUCGUGACUGAGGGUGACGAGGAAGUGAAGAGACGCUUGAAACGUGGAAAGGAGUUUGAGUACUCUUGGAGGGCAAGUCAAGACCUUCUCACUCUCGAGUGGACCCAUGAUGCACUCCAAGAGAAGAACAAAAUUGCCUUCAUGCGAGUUAGGAACAUUGCCAGGGGUCUUAAACAUGACCUCCUUGCCAAAGCUAACCAGAAAGACUACAAAAGGGUUUCAAAUGUUAACACACUCGUGCUCCUGGGCUCAUGUACCGAGGAAUUUCCCCAGGGCUUUGCACUUCCCAUGGUCUUUAAAAACAAUCAUGAACGCGAAGCCGUUGCUGAAGCAUUCAUACAAUGGCGUGAUGCUUCCUCCUUUAACUGACUUGUCAUACUAAUAGUCAC